AUGGAUGUUGAUUUGCCACGUCAUAUUGCUACGUAAUUAGGGCUUUCAAAACGGGAAUCGAUCGCUGCCGAUUCGAUUCAGAUCGGCCUCUAGAGCCCUAUAAUCGGUCAUUUGAUCUGAAAACCCACCGUUUCAAGGAGAAUCUUGAUUCUUUACGGAAAUAUUUUAUUGAGAAUGGUGGAAAUCGCGAUCGAUCCCGACCAAUUCCAGAUCCGAUUAACCGAUUUUUGAAACCCUGCACGUAGUUCAUGGGAAGUACCUUAGAAGAUGAAGGGGCACUCGUACGCAUAAGAAGCGUAAACUAGCAAAACUUUCGUUCGAUGACUUUUUUCCGACUAAAAGAAGGUUCAGUACUCUCCGGAAGGCUCGUGACCGAGAGACGACUGAGAGAUGCAUUAUUGGAUUCGAGCUGACUCCACUGAUUUCGGUGGAAAUCUUCCAAAGCCUCGAAGCGGCCACACUGCAGUCAAUGUUGGGAAAUCAAAGGUGGUUGUGUUCGGUGGCCUCGUUGAUAAAAGAUUUCUUAGCGAUAUUGCUGUUUACGAUCCGGAAAAUAAAUUAUGGUUUCAGCCAGAAUGUACUGGAAAUGGGUCUAAUGGGCAAGUGGGCCCAAGCCCACGAGCAUUUCAUGUCUGUGUGGCCAUUGACUGCCAUAUGUUUGUCUUUGGUGGGCGUUCUGGUGGCAGAAGGUUAGGCGACUUUUGGGUCCUUGAUACUGAUAUCUGGCAAUGGUCAGAACUGACCAGUUUUGGGGAUUUACCUUCACCUCGAGACUUUGCUGCAGCUUCACCUAUUGGAAACAGAAAAAUUGUUAUGUAUGGUGGAUGGGAUGGUAAAAAAUGGCUAUCAGAUGUUUAUGUCUUGGACACAAUAUCACUUGAAUGGACAGAGUUAUCUGUAUCUGGUUCGUUGCCACCCCCAAGGUGUGGUCAUACAGCGACUAUGGUUGAGAAGAGGUUACUUGCCUUUGGUGGCAGAGGUGGUGGGGGACCUAUCAUGGGCGAUUUGUGGGCUUUGAAGGGUCUUUUUGAAGAAGAGAAUGAGACACCAGGGUGGACCCAGCUGAAGCUUCCUGGCCAGUCACCUUCUCCCCGUUGUGGCCAUACAAUGACAUCUGGCGGACAUUAUCUCUUGUUAUUUGGGGGGCAUGGAACUGGAGGUUGGCUGAGUCGAUACGACGUCUAUCAGAAUGACUGCAUUGUUUUAGACAGGGUAUCUGUGCAGUGGAAGCGUUUACCUACUAGCAAUGUACCCCCUCCAGCCCGAGCGUACCAUUCAAUGACUUGCAUUGGUUCACGCUAUCUCUUAUUUGGAGGCUUUGAUGGGAAAUACACAUUUGGUGAUCUGUGGUGGUUAGUCCCAGAAGAUGAUCCCAUUGCAAAGCGAUUGCCAGCAUCUUCUCCCGCAAGUCUUCCUGAAGGCAAGGAUGUAUUAGCUUCAACAACUUCAUUCAAAUCCGGACCUAAGGAAAACCAAAAGGAAGAAUCUCCAAUUGAAGAAUUGCAGAAAAGAAUAGAAAUUUCAGUUUCACCUUCCACUCCUGAGCUUGACAUCAUAGAUGAAUCGGAGGACAAAGAAUUUCUUGAACUAUCAUCAAGGUUGACUGGAGAAAGAGUCUCUGCUAAAGAAGAGGCGACACAUCAGGCGGUACAGGCACUUCGUGAUCAUUGGAAGAAGUCUUCACCGAGGGCUAUACCACUAAGGGAGCUAGGCCCCUUGCUUCGAGACUACCACCGUUUGAUAUGCCGCCACCAUUUAUAUGAUUCACUGUCUGGAGAGUAUGGUCAUUCUGGGCAGCAGAGUUUUCGCUUCUAUCAUAUUAAAACAUCUUCUCAGUUGCGUAUGGAUGAUGUUCCAAAUCUGCUUACUGAGUAUAAACAGCUAUUAUCAAGUUGAAGAAUUUUUUCAGGUUGUAAAAUUUUUAUUUGUAACUGUGACGAAGGGAUGGGAGAUUCUUUUCCUGCAAUUUUAACUCUUUAAUAAGUACUUUGCACUUGCAGUUGACCCCCCCCCUCCUUUUCCCACUUUUUUUUUUUUCUGAAGCAGGGGCCAAUUUUCAGAUUGGCUGUAUAGGUAAGUCAUGGUUAAUCCAUGCAACAGAAAUGAUAAUGGCAGCUGCACUCUCUUCAGCUCCUUACACAUUGCGAAAAUGAUAAUUACUUUUGAAUUCAUACUUGGAACACACUCAAUGUCAACACCUUUCAGUGGUUUGAACGGAGACUGGUGCCUAUUGCAGAAGGACCGAGCAAUCAGCAACUCAAACCUCAGCCCAAGGCAUUGAACCUGAGCUAAUUGAUCAAUCGAAUCCAGUGGUCGAAAUAUGGUAUUUUCAGCGAAAUCAGUCUAAAUUGGGGAGAUCUGUUUGUUUCCCAGGCCAAGGGGCAGAAUGACAGCCUUAAUCGAAAUCUCUAGCAAGGCCCUAAACGGGUUGGAGGUCAUGGAGCCCGAGCUCAGCUUGUUUUGCAUUAUUCUCAAAAGCUGCGUGGAAGAAUAUGUGGUAGUAAAUCUGGGCCUGAUCGUUUUUGAUCUGAUAUAAUUGGACCUCACCAAUUAAGGCUUCACAUUGUUAUUGACUGGAUAGAUAAGCGGGUCUCACAGGUCUUGCAAUAUGUUUCUAUUCGGUUGGUUGAAUAUCGAUCCAUAAUUGGAUUAGGUCUAUAUCGGGGCACAUUUACUAGAUUGUUCAGAUGUUGGACAUUAAUAACCAAACCCAGCCAGACCUAUCGGUGCGGGCUACUUCAUGGCUCUAUUUAGGCAUUUUGCUUCUUAUUUCCUCUUCUGUUCUUAGGGAGUUUAAUAUGUUAAUGGAUAAUGUACGAUAGUUUGGUCAAAUUCCAAUCUAGUUGAUGGAGAAUUGUAAUUUUC